UGCGCCAAGGGCAGGACCGAUAGGCAACAAAGAAGACCCAGAAGUAUGGAGCUCUGGAACUCCACCGUUGGAACUGGCUUCAUCUUAGUGGGGAUUCUGGAUGGCAGUAGCUCUCCUGAACUGCUGUGUGCUACAAUCACAGCCAUGUACUUCUUGGCCUUGACCAGCAAUGGACUGCUGCUCCUGGUCAUCACAAUGGAUGCCCGGCUGCAUGUGCCCAUGUACCUCCUGCUAAGACAGCUGUCGCUCAUUGAUCUUCUCUUCACAUCAGUUGUCACUCCAAAGGCUGUUGUAGAUUUUCUACUCAGAGACAACAGCAUCUCUUUUGGGGGCUGUGCUCUUCAGAUGACUCUGGCAUUGAUGCUGGGAAGUACAGAGGACCUCAUUUUGGCCUUCAUGGCCUAUGACAGGUAUGUGGCCAUUUGCCAUCCUCUGAACUACACGAUCUUCAUGAAUCCAAAGGUCUGCUGGCUCAUGGUGUCCACAUCAUGGAUCCUGGCAUCUCUGACUGCCAUAGGUCAUACUGUGUACACGAUGCAUUUCCCUUUCUGCAUGUCCCAGGAAAUCAGACACCUGCUCUGUGAGAUCUUGCCUUUGCUGAGGUUGUCUUGUGAAAAUACUUCCCAAUAUGAGCUCAUGGUUUAUGUGACAGGUGUGACAUUCCUCUUGCUCCCUCUGUCUGCCAUUGUUACCUCCUACACAUUGAUUUUAUUCACUGUGCUCCACAUGCCCUCAAAUGAAGGGAAGAAGAAAGCUCUUGUCACUUGCUUUUCCCACCUGACUGUGGUUGGGAUGUUCUAUGGGGCUGCCACAUUCAUGUAUGUUCUGCCAAGCUCCUUUCAUAGUACCAAGCAAGACAAUAUCAUCUCUGUGUUCUAUACAAUUGUCACCCCAGCUUUGAACCCCCUCAUCUACAGUCUGAGGAAUAAAGAAGUCAUUGGGGCUUUGAGAAGGGUUCUGAGCAGAUAUAUUCUGCCAGCACAUCCCACUUUUUAG